CAGGCAUGUUUAUAAAUAUUUGGGUUGAGACUCGAGAAGGAAUCGUCAGUGUCAGUCAAAAUAGAAAAAUAAGUUUUCCCUGGAAAAUUUUUUGUAAUCGCAUCAAAUAACUACACCAAUGGAUCUGCUUGAUUCUAUUCUUGGAUCGAUGGACAAACCACCGUCCAGGGAUAAGAAGGAGAAGGAAAUGAUAGAAAAGCAAAAGAAGGAGCUGGAAAUGCUGCGCAACAAGGAGCGAGAUGAAUUGAAUAGAUUUCGGAAGUUUGUUGAAGAUCGUCUUGGUCGACUGGUGAAAGAUUCUAACCGCCAUUACAUGGAUUUUCAACCGUUGGAUAAAGUUCACCGUUCGGUGGUUCACGACAUUGCUGAAGUUGGAGGUUUAGUAGCAAUGAGUUUCGGAGUGGAUGGUGUUGACAGGUACAUAGUAGUGUACAAAAAAGAACACUUACCAUCAGAGGAUGAGCUAGCAGCUCGUAGAAACGGGGAUCCAUGGAACAAACAAACAGCAAUGGAGUAUGCGGAAAAACGCAAGCAACAGAGACUACUAGCAAAUGAAGAACAGAAGGAACUUUCACACAAAAAAGAGAUGACCGUUGUACCGACCAGCAACUACCAGGACAAAUAUGUUCAUCUUAUUGGUCAGGAGUCUGCUCUGGGAGCAGCAAAGAAAACUGAAUCAAACAAGACCUAUGGUUAUGUUCCUAGCGAAAAUAAGCGUGACAUUCGUUCGAUCGAGCAAACCAUGGCUGAUAUCCAAGCAAAAAAGAAACUCAAGGCCCAACAUAGCAGCAGUAUCGACUCGGGGCAGACCGGGACGUUCGAAUAGACUACGGAGCCAAAGAAUAACAUGUAAUACUAAAACCGACGUUGGUGUGGUAUAUUUUUAAGUUGAUAAUGGAUAGUUGAAUUUUAAACAUCAAUUCACUUCAUGUGAGUAUUGGAAUUAAUUCGUUUUAAACUAAUCGUGUAUAUGUGGAAAUGGAUAGGUUCCUUACGUGUUACACGAUGGAGUUUGUAUCUUACUACCGACGGACUAGAAUAGAUAGUAGAAUAACUCUCUUGGAUAGUGGGAAAGUUAUACGGAAAUGAGGAAUCUGAAUCAAUGUAGAAACAGAAGAUAAACAGAAACACUUCUCGAUAUAACCAGCUAUAUUCUGCAUUACAACGAAACGGAGUCAGAUUCAAUAUUCAUUUGAAAAAUCAAUCCGUUGUAAUGUAAAAUAUAGCUGGAUGACAUAAAGGUACAUUAUGCUCAAAUGGUAUGCCUUAUGUUGAUGCAGAAAUAAUGAAUAAAUAUCGGUGCGCUGGAACUCAAAAUAAAAAAACCAUUUUGCUCUCGCGUCUUUGGUGUUCUCGAACGGGAAGUGCUGUAAUAUUAGGAAAGACAAAGAUGCACAUCUUGAGAUUCAAAAUCAACCCAAAGUAAUUAUGGGGUAAUAAAAUCAACCUCAAUCAGAUGAAGUUCUACCAGUCAGUUUUCCUGUUAAGAUGCUCAAUUCUACAUCAUCCAAACAUAACUGUGUGUCGCUAUAUCUCACCAUUACAUGUUCGUUGCAAUUACCAGUUCUUACUUAGCAUAGUAGAACCCACCCACAAACUGGUAAAAUAUUAGUCGUAACAUUUAGCAUAAGAGUCGGAACCGCGUUCAAAUAAUUGAUUAUUCUUCCAAAAGGUCAACGAUCAACUAAUUGUUAUAGGAAUUAUAUUUUACGUAAUAAGUAAGCAAUAAUUAGUUUACUUACGCAAAUAUACCAUCCAAUUGUCUCUACCACAUAAA